AUGGCACAUCCACUUCAAAACAAGUGUCCAGCAGCAACAUCUACAGAUCUGCCCACUCUAAAUUCAACCCCAUCCAUCGCACGGUUGAUCACUUCAUAUUCCCUGCCUCACCAAAUAGACCCCCUAGUGUCAGGCUUUGGAAAUACCACUGAUGCUACAAAUAACCAAAUCCGUGACUACCACCACCAAGUCAAAGCAACUCUCACGAACAUCCUCAACGACGAUCGAGUGAAGCACGAUCCCUGCGGAAGUCGCUGUGUACAGAAGAUCCUGUUGGAAAACGAGCAGGAUAUGCGGAAGCAACGGAGACAUUCACUUAAUACAAAUACAUGUUCUGCUAAGCGGACGAUGCUAUUUUAG